AAAAUUAAAAAUUAAAAAUUGUUCCUUUGCAAUUCGCUAAGUGUACUACUAUUGCUGUCAAUUUUCAAAACCCUAGCAAAAAUCAAUUGUUGGUUAUGUUCGCUACCGGACAAAGUUCCGAUCCAUCAUCGUAUAGGCCAGUUGUUUCCGAGUUUCUUGUAGCGGUGGCGUGAUGAACGAUUCCCAGUCUUCUCCGUCGUCCUCUUCUUCCUCCUAUGACUCCGCCGUCGGACCGCCGCAAGCGAAUGCCGUGGGGAGUAGUUCUUCUUCUCAAGGAAUCUCUCCAACGGUAUCUCGUUCAUGGCGGGACGUGUUCUGGCUGCUGAUAUUUAUGGCGCAUUUAAUUGUGGUCGGUUUUGCCCUUGGUGUUUUUGGGCUCAAUAGGUUUAAGCAACCAGAUAGGCUAAACAUUGAUAAGUACACAAUGGGGUUUCUCGAGAAUAAAGACGGUUUGACUGAAGACUACUGGUCGCUGUACGCUGUUGCUGGCGGAGUCGGGGCGUUUUUGGGAUGGACAUGGUUGUUACUGCUCGGUUCACGAGCGAAUCAAAUGAUGAAAUUUUCCGUGCACCUCUUGACUACUUAUCUUGCUGUUGUCAGUGUUCUGUGUUUUUGGGUGCAUCAGUAUUUCUGGGGCGGUGCUUUUGCUAUCGGUUCCGCUUUGCAGUUCUUGUAUGUUAUUUCGGUUAUCGACAGGCUUCCAUUUACAAUGCUGGUGCUACAAAGAGCAGUGAAGAUGGUAUGGAACCUUCCGGAAGUCACUAGAGUAGCGUGCAUUUCGAUGCUAGUAAUGCUUUUAUGGCUAUCCCUCUGGUCUUUCGGUGCAGCUGGGGUCGUUGCUUUAGGUAUCGGUGACGGUGGCCGAUGGUGGCUUCUUUUGGUGUUGUCUGUGAGUUUGUUUUGGACCGGUGCAGUACUAUGUAACAUUGUGCAUGUUGUGGUUUCGGGUAUGGUUUUUCUUGUCCUUAUUCAUGGCGGUAGAGAAUCAAAUUCGAUGCCUCCAAAACCAGUGAUGAGGUCUUUGCAAUAUGCUGUUACGACUUCUUUUGGUAGUAUAUGUUACGGAUCGCUCUUUACAGCUGCUAUACGAACACUUCGGUGGGAGAUUAGGGGAUUGAGGUCAAAGAUUGGCAGCAAUGAGUGUCUUCUCUGCUGUGUUGAUUUUUUGUUUCAUUUGGUCGAGUUUUUGGUUCGCUGGUUUAACAAGUAUGCUUAUGUCCAGAUUGCUGUGUACGGAAAAAGCUUUAACCAUUCAGCGAAAGACGCAUGGGAGUUGUUCCAAUCAACAGGUGUCGAAUCGCUUAUAGCCUACGACUGCUCAGGCGCCGUUUUAUUCAUGUCCACUCUAUUGGGCGGCCUUGUUUCCGGAACCUGUGCAGCAGUUUGGACAAAGAUAAAACAUCCGGAACGCGUACUAAUGGUGGGCUCCACCGCAAUGUUGAUGGGCAUGAUCUUGGUUGGACUAGCAAUGGUUGUAGUGGAAAGUGCAGUGACAUCUAUAUAUAUAUGUUACGCCGAAGAUCCUGCUUUAAUAAAUCGGUGGGAUGCUGCGUUUUUCGCACAGAUAUCGGAAAAACUUCACCAACGCUUACAGCACAGAAGCGCUCGGGCGAGAGAAGUAUUAAGCCAUAGAAUAGAUGAUCAGGUACAAGCAGCAGUUCUUGCUUAGAUAUAUAUAUAUAUAUAUAUAUCAACUUCGUUUUGUUAUGUUUUAGCUUAUAUAAUGAAAACAUAGUUUAUAGCUUCAUACAUUGUUGGUCAUGCAUUUAAUUAAACAAGGACCACAAAAUAUUGGAACGGAUUUCUAGUGGAUCCCGAAUUUGAAUACUCAACAACCAAAAAAAAUAAAAAAUUACUUUUUUAUUUCA